UUUUUUAAGUAUGGCAAGAAAGUUUGACCGGUUGACCCUUUUGACACUACAAGGUCAAUUUCAAUUUUGUCAGUGAAAAUCAGAAAAGCCGAAAACGUAAAAAAAUUACAUUUCCAACAGUUCCUUCUCGCCGAUUUUAUAAAUUAAAUUGUUUUUCCUAAUAACUGAGCAUAAUAAAUAAAGUAUGGCUCUCAAUAAACUCAGUAUUGAUGCCCUUAACUUGGGUGGGAAACGGGUAUUGAUGAGAGUGGAUUUCAACGUACCUCUAAAAGAAGGAGUAAUCACCAACAACCAACGCAUAGUAGCUGCCCUGGAUACAGUUAAAUAUGCACUGGACAAGGGUGCCAAAUCUGUGGUUCUGAUGUCGCAUCUCGGAAGACCGGAUGGUCGAGCAAAUAAAAAAUACACGCUUAAGCCGGUCUCUCAUGAGCUUAUAAAGUUAUUAAAUAGAGACGUAAUAUUCCUUCCUGACUGUGUGGGACCAGAAAUAGAAGCGGCCUGUGCAGACCCACCAGUAGGAACUAUCAUAUUACUGGAAAACUUGCGCUUUCACAUUGAAGAGGAAGGCAAAGGAGUUGAUAUAAAUGGAGCCAAGGUUAAGGCAGAUCCUGAGAAAGUUAAGGCCUUCAGGGCUAGCCUGAGGAAGCUAGGAGAUGUUUACAUUAACGAUGCUUUUGGCACAGCCCACAGAGCUCAUAGCUCUAUGAUGGGUGAGGGUUUCGAGCAAAGAGCCAGUGGAUUUUUACUCAAAAAGGAGCUUCAGUACUUUGCCAAAGCGCUUCAUGAACCAGAAAGGCCAUUCCUUGCCAUACUUGGUGGUGCCAAAGUGGCAGACAAAAUCCUUCUUAUUGAGAACUUAUUGGACAAAGUCAAUGAGAUGAUAAUUGGAGGUGGUAUGGCUUAUACUUUCUUGAAAGAAACUAAGGGCAUGCCAAUUGGCAACUCUUUGUAUGAUGCUGAGGGUGCUAAAAUUGUUACCAAAUUGCUAGAAAAAGCAGUUAAGAAUAAUGUUAAAGUUCACUUGCCUGUAGAUUUCAUAACGGCUGACAAGUUUGAUGAAAAUGCCCAGGCUGGAACAGCUGAUGUUGAAAGUGGUAUUCCUGAAGGCUGGAUGGGUUUGGACGUUGGACCUAAAUCUAGGGAGCUCUUUGCUGAUCCUAUUGCGAGAGCUAAAGUUAUUGUAUGGAAUGGACCAGCUGGAGUGUUUGAGUUCGAGAAGUUCGCGGGCGGCACACGGGCUAUUAUGGACGGUGUUGUGAAGGCAACUGCCAACGGGACUAUCACUAUUAUUGGUGGUGGCGAUACGGCGACGUGUUGUGCCAAAUGGGGCACGGAAGACAAAGUGUCCCACGUCUCUACUGGAGGAGGCGCGUCUCUUGAAUUGCUUGAAGGUAAAGUGCUUCCUGGCGUAGCAGCUUUAUCCGACGCAUAAUA